AUGGAGCUGAAAAACUUCACCAGGGUAAGAGAAUUUGUUUUCCUUGGCCUAACGCAGAAUCAAGAACUGAGCUUGGUCUUCUUUCUUUUCCUAUUUUUGGUAUAUGUGACAACUUUACUGGGAAACCUCCUCAUCACAGUGACGGUGACCUGUGAAUCUCGCCUUCACACCCCCAUGUAUUUUUUGCUCCGUAAUUUAUCUGUUGCCGACAUCUGCUUUUCCUCCGUCACAGCUCCCAAGGUUCUGGCGGACCUUCUGUCACGGCGAAAGACCAUCUCCUUCCGUGGCUGCUUCACGCAGAUGUUUUUCUUCCAUCUUGUCGGAGGGGCGGAUGUAUGUUCUUUGUCAGUAAUGGCGUUAGAUCGGUAUGUGGCCAUCUCCAAGCCCCUGCACUAUGUGAACAUCAUGAAUAGAGGCCGUUGCACUGCAUUAAUAAUGGCCACCUGGGCGGGGGGCUUUGUCCACGCCAUCGUGCAGUUUUCCCUGCUGCUGCCCCUCCCCUUCUGUGGACCCAAUGUUCUUGACACUUUCUACUGUGAUGCCCCCCAGGUCCUCAAACUUGCCUGUACAGAUAUUUUUAUGCUUGAGCUGCUGAUGAUUUCCAACAAUGGGCUGCUCACUGCACUGUGGUUUUUCUUCCUCCUGGUGUCUUAUCUGGUCCUAUUGUUAUUAGUAAGGUCCCAGGCAGGGGAGGGCAGGAGGAAAGCCAUCUCCACCUGCACCGCCCACAUCACUGUGGUGACCCUGCAUUUCGUGCCCUGCAUCUACGUCUACACCCGGCCCUUCACUGCCCUCCCCACAGAUAAGGCCGUGUCCGUCACCUUCACUGUCAUCUCCCCUCUGCUGAACCCCCUGAUCUACACCCUGAGGAACCAGGAGAUGAAGUCAGCCAUGAAGAGACUAAAGAGAAGACUCGUGCCUUCUGACAGGAAAUAG